AUGACGCUGGGAAAGAGGCAGCGGCGCGCCGCGAUGAAGCGGACCACGCAGCAGCGUCAGGCGGCGGGCGCAGUGAUCCUCCCUCCGGCGGCGCUGGAGGCGGCGGAGUUCCUUAGGGCUUGCGGGAUUUGUAAGCGGAAUCUUGGACCUGGGAUCGAUACGUUCAUUUACAGGGGAGAUGCAGCCUUCUGCAGCUUGGAGUGCCGUGAGAAGCAGAUAAAGAUGGAUGCUUUGAAGGAGAAAUGCGUGCAGAUGUUGAGGAAAUCCAAUGCUUCCAAACCAAAAGCCAGGUCUAAAGCCUCUGGCAGUGGUAAAACAGUUGCUGCCGCUUGAACUGGGUACACCUCCUAUAGAAGUUGCUGGAAGGCGAAACAAAUUUAGAUAUAGAUGGCUUUCGGCACUUCCAUUUUUAUGGUACUAGAGCUUAUGUUUUUUCUUGUUCUUGUUGAUGGGGGAGAGAAGUGUAUUAUUAUUAUUAGCAUUUGCUUCGCAUGCUUUUCCCCUUGUUUGUUCUUGUUGAUAAGUUCUAUGUCAAUGAAUUGAAAGAUCCUUUUGGGGGCUUGCAUUUUGAUUUCGCUCUCAUGCUUCAAUGUUUUCCAUUAGUAUUGAAUCAGAAGGUUUUAAUUCUGAGACAAGAAGUUCAUGGUUCGAUCU